UGGGGAAGACACCAGUGACUGUCCCUGUUCCCACUUGUGGCCUCAUUCCAGCCCCUGCAGUGCCCAGGGCCCUGGGUCCCUAGUCAGUCCGGGUCAACUACACAGAGCAAAGGACACUUUGGCUCUAUCUGAGUGAGUGAGUUUGGUGACCCUGUGCCCUUUCCUCAGGCUCUCACAUCUGGCAAGCAGCAGGGUGACUCUCACCUCUGAAAGUACCCACCUGGCUGCGUGUACCUGGGGAUGGGCUGCAGAAGGGGUCUGGGCCCUGGUCAGGCCUGGGAAUGGCUGUGUGGCAUGUUAUACCCAGGACAUCUGUCCAGCACGCCUCAGGGACCUCAUCUGUGGGAAUUAGAGCAUGUGGCAUGUUACACCCAGGACAUCUGUCCAGCACACCUCAGUGACCUCGUCUGUGGGAGCGAGAACCUCCUGGGUGUCAGUGAGUGAGAGAUCCUGGCAGGGACACCAGCCCUCACCUGUUUUCUCUCCACAGCCAUGACCAUGGUGUCCAUUCCCCAGAGCUCCACAGGCACAGCGGGUCCCCCCACGUCCCUGCCAGUGCACACCCGGCCCAGACCCACUGCCCAGGACAGCCCUGGCCCCAGCCCAGAGCCUCGGUCUCUAGUGGGCAGCACCCACUCCCUGUUCCUGGUCCUCCUGCUGCUGCCUCUGCUCCUGAGCAUGCUGGGGGCCGUCCUCUGGGUGAACAGGCCUCAGAGAAGCUCUGCAGGGAGGCCAGGUCGGCCUGAGUAUGAGAACCAGUAGCCUCUGCUGUCUGUGAGCACCCUGCCCAGGGACGCAGCCCUUCCGGUGGAUCAGAAUGAGCUUGUGGCUAAUAAAUUCAUUGUUACGCUCCAUG